GUGUAGUUCCCUUUUACGACACUGGAGGGGGCCUUGAACGCAUCAUGACAUCAGCAAGCUCUGAAAGUUACGGUGAACUUCGAUGUCAAUUGUUUAAUUGGCAGUGUGCGUCAUUACGAAUGUUUUGGUGAGAUGGUAAAGUUGGAUGGCUGCGGUGAACGCCAGUGUCUCUCAGAGAAGCCAAUGGAGGAGCCAAGAUCGCCGCUGCCUUUUUGAGCUGCAGGAGGAAGUCCCACAAUCCACCGAAGUCUCCGGUGGCGUCCCCGCUGAGAGGGUGUGUUCCUACAACCAAGUGUUGGAGCACCUGAACCUCAGCGCAGACCACACCUUGUACUCCAUGACACGUCCGGUCAGAGACCACACCAAGACCACCGUGGUGACCUUGGAGGUCAUCCUCUACGCCAUCCUCGACGUGAGAGAGUUGGACCAGAUCUUCAUUCCUUACGUCUGGAUUUUCACGAGUUGGCAGAACGAUCACAUCUCCUGGAACCCGCAGGACUUUUGUGGCAUCGAGAACGUCACUCUUCCCAAUCAGUUUUUGUGGAAGCCAGACCUCACCAUUGAGGAGAUGGUGGAGAAGGACAAGGCCCCCCCCAGCCCCCACCUCACCAUCUCCAACAGUGGCCAGGUGCGGGUCCAGGACGACAAGGUGCUGCCCUGCACCUGCAGGAUGCACAUCUACAAGUUCCCCUUCGACAUUCAGAGCUGCAACCUCUCCUUCAAGUCCGUGGUCCAAUCCGUCCAGGAGAUGCGGCUGCUGCACUCGCUGGGCUCGGCCGAGGCCACCAGGUGGUCCAGGGAGGUGAUGCGCACGCAGUACGAGUGGCUCUUCGUGGGCAUGAGCGUGGAAAACAAGACCCUGACCAUCUUCCGCAUGGAGCAGGACGUGAUCGUUUAUACGAUCACCAUGAAGAGGAGACCGGUGCUCUACAUCAUCAACUUCAUGCUCCCCAUCCUCUUCCUCCUGUGUCUGGACAUGGCCUCCUUCCUGAUCCCGGACACCGGAGGAGAAAAGUUGAGCUUCAAAGUCACCGUGCUGCUGGCCGUCACCGUCAUGCAGCUCAUCCUCAACGAGAUCCUGCCCUGCUCCUCCGACAGGAUACCCCUCAUAGCCGUGUACUGCAUCGGCAUCUUUGGACUGAUGCUGCUCAGCCUCCUGGAGACCAUCUUGGUCAUGCACCUGAUGGACAAGGAUGGCAGCAGCCAGGACGCCAAGGCCGGCCAAGACCAGAGCCUGAGUGAGGACUCCGGCGGACAGGCCGACUCUAAAGGAGGCGGCGAUAAGAAAUGGAGGCGAUGUGCGAGCUUCUGCAACGGUCCUGCACGUGAAAACUCACCUGAACUCAUGAAGGACGGGGAGCAGACCGGGUCUGGAAGCAUGGAGGUGAUCUCGGAGGAGACCAGGGAGGUGAUGAGGGCGCUAACCCAGCUUCUCAACAAGGGGGAAGAGCCCAGCAAGCCCAGCUCCUGGAGCAAAGUCAUCACCAAAAUCCACAGGAUCUUUUUCGCCUUCUACGUUGCUGCUGUGGUUUUGUUUUUAGCCGGUAUGUGUUUUCUUUGGCAGAGCAACCAAGAUGACUGAGGCUUUCCAGGUGGGACACCUGUGCAAGUGUUAGCUAAAGCGACACAAAAGCAUUGGAUGUUGUCAUGGUAACACUAAAUCUGCCAGGAAAACAUUACAUUUUGCAUUAAAAAAUAACAAAAAAAUCCAAAAAAGACUUAAGUUAGCCACAAAAUAACUACAUUCUGUGAUGAAAAAUACAUAAAUACCACAA